AUGGAAAAGGGGCGGGCCAUGCGGUGGCGCGGUGGCGCGGUGGCAGGUCUAGCGGCGUUGCCAGUGGACGAGUCGUUGACCGAACGAGCCGCGAAUUCGUGUGCGAACAAGACAUCAGCUGUUGCCCUUGUGCAAUAUUUCAAUGUUCAAAUUAAAUUUGACCGGGAAUUACUUCUAAGAAAUUGGCAACCUACCUGUCUCAGUGCAGCAACCCCUGAUUACACGGAAAUCGAUUAUGAUUUAGUUUUGGAAAACUAUACCUACAACGAUGGCGACGCCAUAGUUCACUCGGAGAUACACGAGGUCUUUAAACAUUACCGCAAAUGCCGAGCUGACAACGAAUGGUCUUGUGAUGAAAAUUGCCGGUUAGAAUUUCUCGAACAAACCAAGAAAUGUCGAAAUCCGGAUCUUGAUGAUAAUUGCUUUGGUAUACCAAUUACCUACCAAUAUUCUCGCGAUUUUCACCUACAAAGAUUCCCGCGUGAACUCGCAGUGCUCAGUCAUUACCCAAGGUGUUGGUCCCAUUUUGCUCCACUGGUCUGUGCCACCAUCUAUCGGCCCUGUUCUCGUCAUUUCUACAUUCAAAAAGAUAAACAGGGUAAAGUAAAGAAUGGAACCGUUGAACUCUGGCAGCUUCUAAGUGCGUCAUCAUGCGAAUCGGUUCAUCAAGCAUGCAGCGGCCUCAUCUCCACACACCUUUUAAAAGCUUACACUCAGUGUGGGGCUGAAAGUGCUGAAAGUACUGUGUUUAGUCGCCAACUGUACUCUAACGCUUGUCAAUACUCAUCUGAACAGCUACCCGUCUCUGUGAAAAGUGGGACGUGUGCUUGGCCAUUGGUGUCGGGUCACAAUCAUUUCAUUCAUCAGGAAUCUUCUCCAGUAGUUGAUGAAUGUUUCCUCCAAUGCAGGUCACCGCUUGUAUCUCAUUCACUGGCGAGCCGUUUUCGAUCUGCACGGUUCAUAAUCUGUUUGAUCCUUACUACUGUUUUUGUUAUAGAGUCGGUUUACUUAUCCCGGUUUUCAAAUAUAUUCUCCGAGAGUUUACUGGUAUUUUACAUAUCUCAUGCGAUGAUCUCGAUUUCCGUUUAUUUCCUUGUAUGGAGUAUGCCGGUGUUCGAUUAUUUCUUCAAUUUAUCUGAAUGUUCUAUCGAUGGAAUAACUCGGCAAUACGCUAUUACCCAUAGUGCUUUUGAAUGGUGCUCACUUCAGUCACUUAUACUUUACGCGUCUUUGACUGCUGCCUUUAUAUGGUUAUUCGCACUCUACACGUAUGCCUUUUGUCCCCCACCUUUGUUCGAAUGCUUUUUUCCGAAAAGAUUGAGCACCAUCAAUGUGCGUUCAGCUCUCGUUCUUUCUAUAUAUGGGUUUUCGGUGUUCUUGGCAAUAGUCAUGAAUAACAUGCGCGAGAAUGAUGGUGUGACAGGAGUCUGCUAUAAUGGUCUGGUAACGUGGUGGAAAUAUUUCAUAUCAAUGUCUCCUUUCCUGUGUUUGCUAUUUAUCGUGUCAUUUCUUGGGUUAUUUGUUGUCUCUAAGAAAGAUGGAUUACUGAAAGCAAAAGCGACACGAGAAGCUUUACGUGUUCUGAAUAUUGCAGAGGAGAGUGAAUAUCGGACGAGGUGUAAUGCUGCCAAGAGGAAUGACCAUACCGAAGAGGCGACAAGUUCCGUAAAGGGUGAACCUCUGUCGUGUGGACGUGAAGCUCUUUCUAAUAGUGUUUUAACAGCUGGUUCUGAUGGAAUGCAAAAGCCAGUUCGCAUAAAAUCUGACUGGAAAGAAACGUACAACGGACUUUUGCCUAAAGAUUUCCUACAAGGACUAUUCGAUCAAGAGUUCACUAAGCACUAUCACUACUUACAAGGCCGACUUGCUCACUGCAACAAACGCGAGCUGCCGAGAUGGUGGGCAGUGGUGUCUUUCGGAUUUGCUACACUGUUUCUGUUGGCUGCUCCAGUUAUUCAUAAGCGCUACACUAGCUUCGAUUCUCAAGAUCAUGAGGCAAGAAUUAUUGCAGAGUACAUCUACUGCGGUACCGCCCAUGCCAUCUCGAAUCGUUCUAUCGAAUGGCCAGCUAAUCAUACUUGGCCGUCACCAGCAAUCGCUAAUGCUCCGUGGUGUUCCUUACCUCUUGGCAGAGCACGAACUCGCUUGGAGGGUGUGCUCAUUGUCUUUAUACUGCUACCAGCCCUACCUUUCUUGAUUUUGUUUAUUGCCUUCAUAGCUGGGUUGAAUGGAUACGAUGGAAUGAUCCUGGUACGAAGAAAUCACGAUGAUGUCAAAGACCCUGCCAAAGGCUGGGAAGAAGGAGAAAAUUUCCAUCUACUUCCUGUUGAGCAGAAGCAAAACGUUGAAAAAUCGCCUUCUCACUUGGAGAGCGGUGAACCUUGCGAUGUUAAUGCAGGUGUUCCUCCUGUUCAUGAGUNAGUUUUCUCUUUCCAGUUCUUGAGAGCCCUUUUCAAGUGAACCGUUAACGAGUUCUCAGCGAAUGUUUUGGACGAAACGGCGGCAGUAGACGAGAAUUCAUCGAAUUCGAACACCACUGAAGAACAAAUUACUUGUAUCGAAGUUGAGCAGAAAGAGGAAAAUCAAAAAGUCUGGGAUAUCGUUAGCCAAUUGCGCGGUGAACUGGCUUUUCAACAGUCUAUGCUGGUAAACGACAGUGCUGCUUGGAACAUUAGCCUUCACUUCCUGCGGAAGACUGAACAGAUCUUGUUGCAUGUGAUAGCUCAAGGGAGUCCGACUAGUGCGGCUGCUGCCCAAGAUCUUCGAUUGUUGGCAGAGGAGAUGUCACGUGUUCUGCCUACUGUAUCUGACCACGCCGUCCAGCUAUCCAGAUGGAUGCAAUCGGUACAAGAAGCGUCUGUGAAGCUGGAACACAUUCAAGAACCUUCACCCGGAUAUACCGUCUCCCACUGUUACUUGGGAGCGCAGGAUAUUUAUCGCCAACAGAAUUUACUUGCACUGCACAAUUAUCUUAUGACAUGCCAAACAAAUAGUUCUCAACAAGCCACAUAUUCGGCUGGUCAAGAGAGCACAGCAACUGUGGCUCAACAGGAGGCUAAUCCCAAUCCUGGUCCUGCAGUUGUGGAGGAAGCUCGUCCGAGUCAAGUUGAGCAGGAGGAACAGUGUAGACCUGUUGAACAGGCCGUGUUGGCGGCAGUGCCACAGUGUGAUGCUCAGCCUGGAACCAGUGGAGGGCAUCAGCCAAAUGUAGAGAACAGGCCGGUUCCUGUUUCACCUGAGCGUCCUGCUCAAUCACUACCUAACGGUGUCGUACGUGAAAAUGAACAGCCCUCAGGAUCCCAGGGGUCACAGCCCGGGGCUCAGCCGGCUCAGCGAGUUCCAAGGAUCAGCGCCUAUGCUAUAUCGUAUUCUGCAACCCCAAGUGGUUUUGUUUCCCGGUUGACGGUUCCAGAACUGCGUAUUCGAAUAGAACAGAUCAGAAAUAUCUGCGCCGGUGACGUUUUAUAUCCUCAAGAACUCACCUAUAUGCUCCUUGCAUCUGGAGAUGUUUUAUAUGGCGGCAAUCAACCCCGGGAUGGUUUUUACUAUUACACGGUGGAGCAGAUGCCGGAACUGUUCGGUGCGAGAGUUCCUACGAUAGAUGCCAGGAUAGGAGUGCAGGCGUUUCUUGCCCAUAUGCGCCGGAGAGCUCUGACCGUUGUUGGAGCUGUUGGCUACCACUUCUCAUUGAGACCACGCAGAGGAACUGAUUACACUCCUCCCGUUUUACCACCACUUGGGCUGUAUCGAUCCGAGAAUGAGUUAAUACUUCGAAGAGUAUUGGGCGACAGGGAUGACAUUCUACCGUCUUUACGUGAUUUCCUUCGCGAAUACAAUUUUGGCAGAGGCCCUAUUGGUCCACGUCCCACACUGAAGUAUGCUUCAGCGUUCAGAAAAUAUCUGGUCAUGGUAGCGGUACGGGAAGGAUUCAAUGGUGAAGACCUUGAUGACUAUGUACCGGAUCCCGUGCCGCCAGCAGAACCAACAAAUGGUGAACAUGAGAAUGCACAUGAGAGCAGCGCUGAAGAGUCAGAUCCUCCCGCUCCAUCCUAG